CGGAGGAUUUUGUAAAAUAACGCAUCCAAUGCACCCGUAAACCUUGAAACACAACUUCAGUCUGCAGCUUCCCAGUUUCCUACUGUAGUUGAGCUUCUUUCGUUCUCUCUUCUCUUCGCUAUAAUGACGAAGCUUAGAAAACUCAAUCGACCAACAGGUCACCGUUUAUCUAUGCUCAGAACCAUGGUUUCUCAAUUGGUGAAACACGAGCGUAUUGAGACCACUGUUGCCAAGGCAAAAGAGAUUCGACGAUUAGCUGAUAAUAUGGUUCAGUUAGGAAAAGAUGGUUCCCUAUGUGCUGCUAGACGUGCUGCUGCUUUUGUCAGGGGGGAUGAUGUUAUCCACAAACUAUUUACAGAAUUAGCAUAUCGAUACAAAAACCGAGCUGGUGGUUACACAAGGCUGCUGAGGACACGUAUUCGAGUUGGAGAUGCUGCCCCAAUGGCUUAUAUUGAGUUUAUUGACAGAGAAAACGAACUUAGGCAGUCGAAACCUCCAAUGCCUCAACCUCCACAGAGAGCACCCUUGGAUCCAUGGACAAAAUCCAAACUUAGUAGGCAAUAUGCACCUCCUAAAGAAGAGAAGAUUUCUGAUUCCAAUAUAUAAGAUAUGCUGCUUAAUCAUGGUGGCUUUGUCUUUUUUUGACAUUUUCGUGGUUUCUCAUAAUAAUUUGGUUGGCUGUAUGUUUUGACAAUUUGACUCAGGAAUGUAAAAUUUUUGCAACUUAACAAUUUAUUGGUUUAUCUUUGAGAUAUCAUGAUCA